AUGGAAGGCUCAGUGGACGUGACUGAAGACCCACUGGUGCACUCUAUCAAGGCACAGAUUUCAGAGGCAGAUGAUCUGGACGCCAAUUCGCGAUUUAAAAAGCCCAUCAUCCACAGGAUGCGGACCCACGUUAGGGACGAGGACCCUGGUGCAUGUCGGCCGAAGGUCGUAUCCAUCGGGCCGUUUCACCAUGGAGACGCCUCCCUCCGUAAGAUGGAGACACUUAAACGCAAAUUCACGUACAACCUGUUCAUGAGGAGUCGUUGCAACUGUAUCGAUGGAAUGAUCGACUCGAUAAGGAGGCACGAAGAGGAAGCGAGGGCCUGGUACUCUGAGGAACUUGAGCUGGAUAGCAAUGAGUUCGUUGAGAUGAUGAUUUUCGAUGGCUGCUUCCUCAUAGAGCUAUUUCUGACGUACUUCCGAGAAGGUUGGGUCUUCUUGUGGAGGGAACUGUUUCGUCUGUGUGACACAACCCUUGAUGUCGUGCGCGACGAUUGCCUGAUGAUAGAGAACCAGAUUCCCUUCUUCCUAUUAGAAGAGCUAUUCUUCUUCUCUCGCAUCCGUACCCCCCAUUUGUGGGAAUUAGCCACAGAGUUCCUCGAGGUGAGGAACAUGUUGCCGGAACGUCCUGAGCUAGUAUAUCAUCUGCUCCAUUUGCUUCAUUCAUCCUUGGACCCACGUCUCUACGAUAAUCCGGCCCCAAAGUCAUAUUUCCACAGGACGUUCUGCUGGCUCAGAAACCUCGCCGGGUCUCUCAACCCUGGAUACACUUCCUUGGGCUAUGCAUGGAGGGGAGACUCGGACCAGAUCUCCCAGGUGACGGAGCUCGUGAGAGUUGGUGUGAAGCUCACGAGGACGAGUAUCAAGUCAAGGAUUGGGAGGUACGUUAUCAUGGUCUCAUUCAAGGGGGAGAGUCUUGAGAUCCCCAGCCUCACUUUGGAGGAGUCCACCAAAACCAGACUGCAAAAUCUCAUCAUCCUUGAACUGGUACACCCCCAGGUUGGAGACUACUUUACCUGCUACGCUACCUUGAUGGGCUCCAUCAUCAAAACAGCAGCGGACGUUGAAAUCCUUCGAAGAUGCGGUAUCCUUUAUGGCAAGAUGCAAAAUGACGAGGCAGCUCACAUGUUCAAGAGUCUAUGUAGGAUCGCUAAAUGUGACUGA